AUUUAUUUUUAUAAUUUUAUUUUUUUUACAUAUAAUAUUAUUUAAUGAACAAUAUAAAAUAAGAAUUUUAACAAUAAAAUGGAUUUAAAUAAUGAAUAUCAAGAUGAAGAAAGGUUAAGUUUUGAUGACAGCUAUAAUUUUGAUGAAGAUUCUGUUUCACAAUACACAAAUGAACAUGAGUUAUGUAAUACCUGGCGUGGAUGGAAAAAAACGGUCAAUUAUCCUAUUAGCAAUGAAAUAUUCGGCACCGAAUCUUUGGUGGAAAUAGCGGCGAAAAGGGUGGCCAAAUGCAUACCCUUCGAAUUUGUCGAGAAAAUGUAUCCUCCUGUACCAGAACAACUGCAAUUGCGUAUCGCGUUUUGGAGCUUUCCUGAAAACGAGGAAGAGAUUCGGUUAUAUUCUUGUCUCGCGAAUGGUUCCGGCGACGAAUUUUGUCGCGGGGAAAGUCUUUUCAAAAUGAAGGUCAUCAACGAAGCCCUACAGAUAGGGUUUCAUCUUAGCACUACCAUAAUACAAUCACUGCCAAACAAAAGUCAGAGGUACAUGGUGACCGUUUUAUUUGAUAGAGGUAAAAUUACCUCUUGCAGCUGUGAAUGCGCUCAAUCCUCUUGGUGUUCCCAUAUCGUGGCCCUUUGCUUGUUUCGAAUCCACAACGCGAAUCUAGUGAAAUACAGAGUCCCUAUAUCGGAAUCUCUAUCUAGACUGCAGCGGGAACAAUUGCAAAAAGCCUUACAGUAUCUUAUAAGCAAACUACCUCGACAAAUCUUACCGACGGCGCAAGAGAUACUGGAAGAACUUUUAACACCACACUCAAAGAUUAACACUCUUUCGGGGGCUCCAGACAUAACAGCUGGUGGAUCAACUCAGGAAUCACCAUCGUGGUUUUUAGACGAAGCCUUAUUACAUGAUAGCAUCAAAAAGACGUUGUACAAACUCUGCAUUCCUACACCCAUGGUUUUCAGCGACGUUAAUUAUUUAUCCGCCUCUGCUCCGCCCGCCGCCUUGGAAUGGUCCAACCUUUUGAGACCCUUAAGAGGUAGGGAGCCAGAGGGAAUGUGGAAUUUACUCUAUAUUGUCGCCGAAACCUUCAAGAAAAAGGACGGGAACGCCGUUAAGUUGCUUGAAAUCAUCACUCAGGAAUGUCUCAAUUCUGAUCGGAUUUUGAAUUAUUGGUACAACACAAAAUCCGCCGAAAUUCAUUGUAAAAAUAUACUCAAUCGUAACUCCUCUAACAGCAUAACCGUUUCCACGCAACAUGCCUGUCUAAAUUUAUGUGAGGAGAUUGUGCAUUUAUGGUCCAUUUGCGUUAUGAAUCCAGAGCUCACGUCUCACGAGAGAGAGACCAUAAAAGAAUACCUACGAUCCAAGCACAUAUAUUUGAUGGACAAACUCGUAUCUAUAGGUAAGCCUCAGAUUGCCGUAUCCUUAUCAUCCAAUCUUACGGCUCAACAUCAUUAUCCCAAUCAACAUAAUGGUAGCAAUUAUCCGUUGAAAAAAUUUGACCUCGAAUCCUUUCCCGGAUUUAAGCCAGCACUUGAAGCUUGCAUGAUACCUCAGCCUAAUACAACUCAGUUGUUGGAUUUGUCAUCUAUUCCCAAUUUCAAUUUUAGCCAAGAAUCUCCAUCCCUGCAAUCUCAAUCUACCAAUAUCGAAAUUGAGGAUAAAUUGUGUUCGCCAACAGAUGUUGUAACGAGUAAUAUGCCCAAUUCGACGAAUAGUACAAGCACGAAUGAACCGAAUUAUUUUGCGAAUAUAUCUAAAAUAACCGAUGUUCAAGAAAUCAUGUAUUACCAGGUUCUGGGCUUGUAUUACCAUGGACACCUCAAACUAGCUACAUCGAUGGCCUACCAACUCGCUAGCCUUCUCGUACAAACUCCCUCCCUCUAUUUGAUAGGCUUCAGUUUGGGACAAUCAGUGUCUUCGCCUAAUGAACCCCAAACUCCCUUCUUGACUAGUAUUAAAAAAUCAGGACCUAAACAACAUCACCAUCAUAGCGAGAAACCUGGAACUGUUAACAAGUUACUGUCUUACGAAAUUACCAGAAAGUCUCUUUCCAUUCUCAACAAAUCCAUUUUUGUGUGUACCGUGCUUUGCGAAUCUGCCUCCUUGCACUGCCCUCUUCCUAAUAAUAUAAUGAAUAACCUUAUCAUUGGACAACGUAACCCUGUAAUAGGCAACGUUAAUGACGAUAACAUCAAACAUCAAAACGAAGAAAAAAUGGGCACGUCCUUAUUGGCUUUGAAAUUAGGAUUGGCAACCUUGAAAAUUUUGAGACCCCCGGCGUCUAGCAAAGCUCUCGAGGUAAAAUUAGCUAAUCAGGAAUCAGUUCUAUGGGACAUUCUUAUCAAAAUACCCAUGGACUUGGCGAAGUUAUCUUUGCUACACGAGGAAGGCUCGGAUUUUAUCAACCAAGUCUUCAAUCUCAACACCAACCUAUCCUGUAUUCUGCCUUACACCCUCGCAACAUUGCUCUUCGAGGCUCUAUGUUCUACGAGAAAAGACAAAUUUACGUUACCACCAGAGCCAAAAAAACCCUACACUAACAACAAUACUGGAUUAUCUGAAUCACACUUUUCAAUAUCCGCAGUUAACAAUGUUGCAAAAAUAUCUAAACAACUGGCAAAGGACUCUAUCAAAGUUAAGCCCAGCUGUUCUUACUUCAAUAUAACGAAUUCCAAAUCUCAGUGCCUGCAGCAAGCAUCCUCCAAGGAAAACUACUUGGAAUUCAAAAUUGGACUGGCGGCUUUAGAAAUGAGAACCAAUAUCUCCGAAAUAGAAUAUCCGCUAUUGAUAGAAGGCAUGAGAAGGAGGAGAGGCGAUUUGGCGCUACUACUACUAUUGACCUAUAAAGACGAUAUCUAUAAAUUGGCUCAAAUCAUGGAUAGAUUUUUAGAUUCCCAUGUGCAUCAAAUGUGCAAAAGACCCAUGCCUUGCUUCUACUACUGCAAUAACGCUAGCAAUAAUCUAAUGAAUCACGCUCAAACAGAUUCUCCAUUGCGGACUAAUGACAACGAGUGCAUAGUAGAUGAUAAGAAAAAAGACCUUCCAGCGUAUGGAACGGAAGAAGUUAUCAGCGAAUAUUCGAUCACACACUCAUCGAAUAAUUCCCCCCAAAAUUCCCACAUGUUCGAGCCCGACACUUUAUCGCUUAGUAAUUCUAGAACCAUAAACUACAGGAAAGAUGGCGAUGAAACUUUGGUCGAGAUCGAGGAACAGAAUCUUGCGAUUGAUAACCUCGAAAACCAAACUCACGCUGAGCAAAAUGGCGCUACCUCUCAACAGCAGGCCUUGAAAGAAAAUUUGCAAAUGUCAUCCCAACUCUCGGCUUUUCCUAGCGAGGCUGGAGCUCAUUAUACGUUCGAGUUCGCGAAAAAUCUCUUGAUAAAAGCCGGUGGCAAUUCGAAUUCCGAUCUUUUCUUGCACUCAACACCUCUUCAAAUUCGCGAGCCCCACAAGGCCCUUCACUUUUGCGCGUUUCAGAUAGGCCUAUACGCCCUAGGGCUUCACAAUAGAGUCACACCUAAUUGGUUAUCGCGAACAUACAGCUCGCACGUAUCUUGGAUAACUGGCCAGACCUUGGAGAUUGGCGCUUCGGCCAUUCAUUUCCUCGUAGACACCUGGCAAGCCCAUUUGACGCCUUCCGAAACGGCUUCCCUGGCCGAUAAAGCUUCUAAUAUCUGCGAUUCUUACAUGCCAUAUAUAGCAGCCGAGUUGGCUCUCUCUUGUUUGAAUUAUUGUCAUGCUUUAUCCAUUACGGAAACGCAAAGAGCACUUAUACAAUGCAAAGAACAGAACAACGAAAUGCUGAUUAAAGGCUGUUUGACCGUUGAAAAUAUUGCCAGAAAUUUUCACGUUUCUCCCGAGGUUUUAUUCGAGGUAGCCAAGCACUGGUAUUCGCUUCAUGAACUUACCUAUCACCGUCACCAUUUUGCUUUCGGCAGCAACCAUAGUUCUUCUCUCGUGAAUCCAUCACUCUUCAAUUUAAACAUGUUCCCCAAUCCUCUCAACCUUCUUCAGCCUGUUAAUAAAGCCCUCAACCCAUUCAAUAACCCAAAUAUCAACUUGGCUAAUAUUCAUACCUUUAAAAACUGGCCUCCUUCCAUUCAACAACCUCACCAAACUCCUCAACGAUGGUUAAAUCCAUAUUACAUGAUCCCUCCUCCGCCUCUCCCAUCUCCUUUGCAACUUCAUCCCGUUUAUCCACCCAUCGCACCCCUGCAGCACCACCCUUCUUUCCCUCUCCUCUUGCCACCCCUGCCCCCCAUUCCAUCUUUACCACCUUUCCCCGCUGCCCCCAAUUUUCAUUACCACUAUUACCUCUAUUGUAGACCUCAGGAAUUAGUCCCUCAAAAAACUUUUUAUAACAAUGCGUUUUCCGUCGAAUCGAGCCGCUAUGUUGGUAACAACCUCGAAUUGUAUAACGCCAACAACUCUACCCUUAAUUAUUCUAACUUUCAAAAUUUAGAUAUCAGCUCUACCAAUGGAAUCAUACAUAAUAAUGAUAGUAAUGGCGUCAACGCUAAUAUGGUAAUGAAUAACGCAGUUUAUGCCGAUGACAAUAAAAUAAUUGCCGAUAUGGAAAGUAUAUCUUCCGACGAAUCCUUUCCUCGCGAACGUUUAAAGCAAAUUACUCGGAGAGGUUCGUCUCAUGAUCAUACACUUAUGGAUAGCUCACGCUUCGAGAAUAAAGUUAUCGAUGUCGUUAACAAGAGUGGUGAAAAUACAACUGGCGGGUGUCUUACUAAUAUCGAGGCCAAAGAAACUAAGAAUUCGCAACAUCUACUUUCCGCUUUCAGGGUUGGAAUGAUGGCGUUGGAAUUGUUAGGCAAGAAAAUUCAGGAUGAAAGACCUCAAACAAAAUACGCGCCUAACCCGCCAUAUGGAGAGGAUGUCAAAUGGCUCUCCCGAAUCUCAAUUAUUUUAGGGCCCACCUAUUUUCAUCAGUUUUGCGCUUCCGUUAUCACCUGCAUCCAAAGCCCUUUUAUUCUUCAGGACGUUUUGGUCGACACGCAAACUUAUAUCCUAGAUUCAAACAACUCGAACCUAGUUCAAACUUCAACCCCCUCGCAAUCUUACAUACUUACAAACAAUUUGAAUUUCCCGUCUUUAGUUAUAAAUCCCCUCAAUAUUCCACAAAAUGUUAUUGCGGAAAAAUACAAUCUCGUUUCCAACCUUAAUAAAGUUGCUAAUAAUGGUGUGACAAAUUUGAUAGGCUCCCCUGGUUAUGGUGGCGGUGUAAAUUUUCACCUCGACGACGCUUACAAAACUGCCUCUAGUUUAAUUUACCACCAAAAUUCCGUUACAAAUAAUAAUUCGACAAACUUUUUAAAUUUUACCACUGCCCUACCACCACCUUCGAUCGGAUCCGUUUAUUUUGAAAAUAGUAUAAAUAACGUCGCUAAUUCUUUUAAGUUUUUACCAGUUACCUCAUUACCAUCCACGCCCGUUAGUCAGCAUAAUUCUCGACUAGAAGCCUCUAUCAUUUCGCCAUUACGAACUAAAUGCUGGCAAAUGUAUUCUCAUUGGGCAACUAUGCGUUUAUCCCACAUUACCCCGGACGAAUACGAAGAUUUUGUUCAGUUAUUGAACCACUCAAAAGUUGCAUUUUAUACAUCGUCCGACGGAUCCUCUAAAUUUAACGAUUUUCUGCAAAAUAUGCGUCGAUCCAAAAUGCUCAAAAAGGAUCUUUGGCAGAAAAUAAUCCAAAAUGUCCUGAAUAAUAUGUCUUAGGUCAUCGUUACUAUAAUCCACAUAUGAAUGAAUGUAGCGUUUUAUACUUG